CAUCCAACUCCAGUGAGUGAGCUAAGCUCGUUUCCAGCAGUUCUGCUGAAGGGCGGUGCUAGAGCUCCAGAAAGCUCUGGUCCAUCUCAUCCGCCAGGACCUUUACUUUCACUGAAGCAGCCGUGCACAACCGCGCGUCUCCUCACAAACCGGCCAGCAUGGAUGGACGUCUGAACGGGAGAUAACGCCUGUUGCUCUUUCCCUCGGGGUGUUUGUUAUACAGAGACUGCAUCGGUGAAACUGCCACCCAAGUGGUCCACAGUGCAGAAAGAAGCAGGCGGACACGGACAGACUCAGUCCUGCGCAGUAAGCAUUCUGCGACCUUAACUUUCUUUACGGCUUUACGAAACUGAAGAUUAACGCAAGCGAAAGGAAAACGAGCUGCAUGUCUGUGCGGCGCGAUGCAGACUGCAAAGCUUAGUCUGCUUAGCUUUGAGCCCUCAGAGAUCAGAGCGCGGUUCUGUGUGAGUUUUCAGCGCUGAUGAAUUUCUGUGUUAGCCGCUGCUUCAGGACUGACUGACUGACGGACUGACUGACCGCUGAAACGACUCUGUGAGGACCCCCCUGUAUGUGGAAGCUGAAGCAUGGCGAGCGAGCUGAAACCGCGGCUUUGCUGCAUGACCAAAGGGGAGAACGGCUACGGCUUCCACCUGCACGGAGAGAAGGGAAAGAGCGGCCAGUACAUCCGCAAAGUGGAGCCGGCGUCUCCGGCGGAGGCUUCGGGACUGCGCGCCGGUGACCGAGUGGUCGAAGUGAAUGGAGUAAACGUGGAGAGAGAGACCCACCAUCAGGUGGUGCAGAGGAUUAAGGCAGUGGAGCAUGAGACCAGGCUGCUGGUGGUUGAUCGUGAGACAGAUGAGUACUUGCGCAGUCUGCGCCUCACCUGCACAGAGGACAUGGCUGUCCAAGUCAGCCUGUCACCAUCCUCUUCCUCAUCCCCUCCCCCAACCCCCAGCAAGCGGGAAAACGGCUCUGUGUCCAAGCUGCCAGCCACCCUUACCAGUGAGAUACCCAAACCCAGCAGGAGGUCUCCAUCACGGGCUGCCAAAAAGGAGAUUCAGGGUCCAGUGCAGUCUUCUCCAGCAGAAGUGUCCGAGCUGGCCCCCAGGCUGUGUCACCUGGUGCGAGCCAAGACGGGCUAUGGCUUCAACCUUCACAGCGAGAAAUCCAGACCAGGCCAGUACAUCCGUUCUCUAGACCCUGGCUCGCCGGCUGACCGUGCUGGCCUCAGACCACAGGACAGGCUCAUAGAGGUAAAUGGGGUGAACAUUGAAAGCAUGCGGCACGCUGAGGUAGUGGCCUUCAUCAAGCGUGGAGGGGACGAGACGCGUUUGCUGGUGGUGGAUCCAGACACAGAUGAGCACUUCAAAAAACUGGGCAUCACUCCCACUGGCAGCCACGUCAAAGGUUUUGAUACUCAGUCCAUUACUAACGGCUCGCCCAGUCCCCGCAUCAACGGACGCUCCACAUCCCAGUCUACACAUUCAGACCACAGCAGCCAGGACACCAGCACACAGAACUCGGAGGAUGGUGGGAGUCGCUUGCUGGACCCCUUUGCUGAGAUUGGCCUGAAGUUGAGCCCCACCGCGGCAGAGGCUAAAGAGAAGGCCCACGCCAAGCGUGCCAAGAAGAGAGCACCACAGAUGGACUGGAAUAAGAAAUACGAGAUCUUUAGCAACUUCUGAACUUGCACGUACACUCACUCGCGCACUCCCUGUCCCAGAAUUCCAACCCCUCCACACCUGACUGCUUUACAUGAAAAUGGAGGCUGUUAUUUUUGUAGAAAAAGCAAACUAAGAAAACCAUAAAAAGUAUUUUAAUAGCUUCCCCUGCAGAGCGAGAGCAGGCAGAGGGCAAAAGUGAGCAUCUCUAUUUUUUCACUGUCAACUGGAAGAAAAAGCAGCUGACUCAGAAGUGUCUGACUCAGAACUGUCGCUGACAAUCGUCAGCCCCUGAAGCAUGAGGACUUCUCUAAAGGGAGCACUCUUUCGGCUGAAGGGUGCAGCUUGGAUUUUGUAUUGUUCUUGCUUGAGUUUACUGUUACACGCAUUUCAGGCUGACAAGUUCAACAGCAAUCCCCCAUACCAGCAGCCAACUUUUAUACAAGACCACCUCCACCAGCAGAUGUUGAUCAUACUGCAGCACAUACUGCGCAAAAACCAGACUGGAACCUCAAAGAUUCAAAAUUGUUUACAUCUCUACAUGACAGCGGAGGUGUUCGGCUCUGGUGAUGAAUAAUAGGGGAUUUAUGCAUAAAAAGACAUGGCGGAGUUGCACAGACAAGUCAUGAAAAUCAGAGUUGACUAUAGUACUGAACUUAAACAGAUAAAAUCCUGAACUGGCCCUUUCAGAGGCACCCCCCCUCAAUGUAGCCCAUUGUAUGUGCUGUACAUUCUUUGUAAAUCAGUAUUACACAUGAAGAAACUCCGGAGGAUUUUACCUGCCAUGAACUGCCGAAAUAUAACCAGCUCGUGGUUAUGCACCAAAAACGUUUGCAACUAAAGGGAUGUGCCACUAUUGUGACAUAUUAAAGGGAAAAUGUAAUAGUGGGUUAUUGACUUGCUCAGUGAGAUGAAAUGGAGAACGGGAGUAUUUCACAAAGUGCAAUUUCUUAAGCUUUUUGAUAUGUUAUUAUUACAGGAGUGAGGAAUAAAAACCAGGACAUGCUGACUGGUCAGCAAAGCUUAAAGGAAUAUUUUGGUGAAAAAUUUUUACACAAUUUUCCCAGAUGUCGUCUAUCAGCAAAGACGUGUUUGGUGUCUUAACUUUUACUUCUAUAAUUUAGCACAGGAGCUAUGAGGCUAAUGUUGCUAACAAACACUAGAAGCCAAUAGUCACCCAAAUCUUCUCUAAAACUGCCAAGUCUUCAUUAAGGUUGUACAGACUUAUCAGUGUGGUCACAGUAUAACAAUAAACAAAACUUCACCAUGUAGCUGAACGCAGCAGGCAGCAGGUGUUGUGCUGUGUCAGAAAUGACUCCCAUUUCUGUGCAAAUGUCACGCAGGCAUUUAGACACCUCAGAUUAUGCUUGUGAUUUUUGAAAUAUCAUGUAUAUAAUUAGAAACAACAGAAAUCGUAAACAGUCUGUGUGAUGUGUGUGCAUUUGAAGGGGAUUCAGAUUCUGUAGGGGAUGCAGAAUGACUGCUUGCUGCUUUCAGCUACACAGUGGGGUUUUGCUUAUUUUUAUAGUUUUCAGUGAGUUGUACUGCGCUCUGAACCACAUUGACAAGUCUGCAUGACCUGCAUGAGAAAGAGCUGGAUGCAAUUUGAGCAUGUUGUGAGAAGUUUUGCAGAUGUAUUAAUGGAAAAGAUUUGGGUAACUAUUGAGUGUUGUAGUGUUUGUUGGCAACAUUAAGAAGCAGAAUAUGGAUGUCUUGGCUGAUCUAGGGUAAGUGAAACCAUUCCUUUAAAGGAGGCAGGCCAAAAGUGAGGACUCUGUGGCAGGAGAAAAGGAACUUUGGGAAGUCCCCACUUUUGUUAUCCAACUUUGCUGAAAAUUUACUUUGUGAAAUAGCUCCCAGGACAGUUGCAAGCAUAAACAAAUGUGUUUUGUUGAAAUGAGGCAUUGACUGUGAAACACUAGAGGGCACCAUUGAAGUACAUUUGGUUCUACCCUUGGAAGAUGACUUUGGACAGAGGCAGAACUUGCAGGUUUCAACCACUAGAGGGAAACAUAUGUAAGUCAUUUAAUUGAAGCUCAGUACUUGUACUUGUGAACUGAACCAACGCAAAAGCUGAAAGUGUUACAUGUAGGCUACAGCAGCUGUACAAAAACAUUGUAUUGCUUAGACUGAUGCUUUCUGGAAUGCUCUAGAAGGUGAUGGUGGAUUCUUGGAUGGUCGAUUUGAGACUGAAACACAUUAUAUUAGGUUCCAGAUAAAAGCCUGGAAUAAUCUAUUCAUGUGAAGUAAAUGAAACAACCAAACUAUGUGUACCAAGACAUCCUAACAUGGUGGGGUUUCUAGUGUCAUGGCAGAGGUUUUGACCCCUUUUGAGUGAGACCACUAUGUCCACUAUCUAAAUGGAUAGAGGGAAAUAUCACGAAUGGCUUGCGUCAAUGCAGGCAAUUUUGUAUGGAGCAAAUAGCACCGACUGUUAGAGCCGCUGAGCUUAUGAAGAUUAGAGACAGUGCUGGGCCACCUGCUUUUAGAAACACAGACCCCCUCAGAUUGACUUACUUCAUCUCACAGAGGGGUGUCUCUCCUGGAAAUGGACAAAAUGACCACACAGAGCUGCCUUGAGACACCCCUUACCGCUCAAACUGUGGUACGGCCCACGAUGCGGCUCUGUUAGGCCAGUUCUGUUGGGUCAUUAAGCUAGUUCAGCUGUGCCGUGCUGACAUACUGCUCCAGAAAGAAAGCUUUAGAAAGAGACUGCAUUAUAUAGCACAAAUAUUUUAACCCCUGUGCCCUUGUAUAUUACCAGCAUUGCUGUACUCGCUCUGAAUAAUUAAAAGUGCAUUAUUUUUGUCCAUUGUUUUCCUUUUAAUGUUUGCUAGCAUUGUGUUUGCAGAAGUUUCUUCUUUCUUCAGUUCCUUCUAUCCUGACCAUGUAUGCACUCAGAGCUCAAGCUGUAUGCUAAUGUAUAUUCAUUAUGGGAAUAUAUGCCAGGUUGCAUUUUUUUUCAAUAAAGUGUGAUUCUUA